AUGGCUUCACGCCGAGACUUCCUGAGCCAGAAAGCACCCGAGAACUAUGUCGCCGGUCUCGGUAGAGGUGCGACAGGAUUCACCACACGAUCAGAUCUAGGGCCUGCACGAGACGGCCCAAGCGCGGAACAGAUUCAAGAAGCACUUGCGAAGCGAGCGGCACAACUCGGCGCCGCACCUCCAACGGCCUACGGCGCAGUCGACAAAAAGAAACCAGAACAGGAGGAAGAUGAUGAUGAACGGUUUCAGGACCCGGAGAAUGAGGUGGGCUUGUUCGCCUAUGGACAAUAUGACCAGGCCGACGACGAGGCCGACCGAAUCUACCAAGCGGUGGACGAGAAGAUUGAAAGGCGGCGCAAAAGACCAAGGGAAGAACGAGAGCGAGAAGAACUGGAAGAAUACAACCGGAAGAAUCCCAAGAUAUCGGAAGAGUUUGCCGCCCUGAAAAGAAAUCUUGCGACCGUCUCAGACGAAGAUUGGGCCAACCUGCCGGAACCUGGCGAUCUGACUGGCAAAAAUCGGAGGUCCAAACAGAACCUGAGGCAACGCUUUUACCCAGUCCCCGACAGUGUGUUGGCCGGCGCCAGAGAUUCCACAGAAUUCCAAACCAGUGUCCAAGACGAUGAAGUACAAACAAGUGCGGACAACAAGGAUGGAACCAUGACCAACUUUGCGGACAUCGGUGCUGCCAGAGACAAGGUCCUCAAGGCAAGGCUUGAUCGAGCAGCGCAGAUGGACGCCGGCACGGGAUCGGCAUCCACGAUAGAUCCCAAAGGAUAUCUUACGAGUCUUGCGCAGACCGAGUUGAACUCUAUGGGUGCCGACGUCGGCGAUAUCAACCGGGUGAGGGUCCUCCUGGAGUCCGUCUGCAAGACAAAUCCAAAGCAUGCGCCAGGCUGGAUCGCAAUCGCGCGACUGGAGGAAUUGGCUGGCAAGAUAGUGUCUGCCAGGAAAUUGAUCGCCCAGGGAUGUGAACAAUGUCCGAAAAGUGAAGAUGUCUGGCUGGAAAACAUACGACUGAAUGACAACCAUAAUGCCAAAAUCAUUGCUGCUAAUGCCAUCAAGCACAAUGAUCGGUCAACGCGGUUGUGGAUCGAGGCCAUGAAGCUGGAGACAGAUACCCGCGCGAAGAAACGAGUUCUACGUCAAGCGCUCGAUCAUAUUCCACAGUCGGUCGCGAUCUGGAAGGAGGCGGUCAACCUGGAAGAAGAUCCGGAAGACGCAAAGCUGUUGCUUGCUAAAGCCACCGAAAUCAUCCCAUUGUCCGUUGAGUUGUGGCUGGCCCUCGCUCGACUAGAGACGCCGGAAAAUGCCCAGGCCGUCCUCAACAAGGCGAGAAAAGCGGUACCCACGAGUCACGAGGUGUGGAUCGCAGCCGCGCGACUGCAAGAACAAAUAGGCAAUGCCAAUAAAGUCAAUAUCAUGAACCGGGCUAUCAAGGCCUUGGUGAAAGAGGGAGCGAUGCUCAAGCGUGAAGAAUGGAUCGCCGAGGCUGAGAAGUGCGAAGAAGAAGGCGCCGUCUUGACGUGCGGAGCCAUCAUCCGGGAGACCCUGGGAUGGUCACUGGAUGAAGACGAUGACCGGAAAGAAAUCUUCAAGGAUGACGCCAAAGCCAGCAUAUCCAGGGGCAAGUACGAAACGGCGAGGGCCAUCUACGCGUAUGCUUUACGGGUAUUUCCUACCAGCAAGUCUCUCUGGCUGGCCGCUGCAGAUCUUGAGAGAAAUUAUGGCACCAAAGACGCGCUUUGGCAAGUUUUGGAGAAGGCCGUCGAGGCCUGUCCUCAGUCCGAAGUGCUGUGGCUCCAACUUGCGAGAGAGAAGUGGGCGGCUGGAGAAGUCGACGACGCUCGUCGCGUGCUGGGUAAGGCUUUCAACCAAAACCCCAACAACGAAGAGAUCUGGCUGGCGGCAGUCAAGUUGGAGGCGGACGCCAAACAAGUCGACCAAGCCCGAGAGCUGCUUGCAACUGCAAGACAAGAGGCCCCCACAGAACGAGUCUGGUACAAGAGCGCGGCGUACGAGAGACAGCUGGGCAACAUCGAUGUCGCGCUUGAUCUGGUCCUCCAGGGCCUGACGUCUACCGUGGUGGACAAGAAAGAAACCCGAUUCCCGCGGAGUGCGAAGUUGUGGAUGAUGAAGGGUCAGAUCUACGAGGACAAAGGCAUGAUUACACAGGCCCGGGAGGCUUAUUCCCAGGGCACAAGAGCCUGCCCUAAGUCGGUACCCCUUUGGCUGCUGGCGGCUCGGCUGGAAGAGAAGGCUGGCGUUACAAUCAAAGCACGCUCCGUCCUCGACCGAGCCCGGUUACAAAACCCGAAGAACCCCGAGCUGUGGGUGGAAAGUGUCAGAGUCGAGCUGCAGACGAAACCACCCAACAUUCAACAGGCCAAGAUCUUGAUGUCCAAGGCGCUACAGGAAUGUCCCAAGUCCGGGCUCCUCUGGGCCGAAAACAUCUGGAAGCUGCAACCAAGGACCCAGCGAAAGCCGUUAAGUCUGGAGGCGAUCAAGAAUGUCGACAAUGACCCGAUCCUGUUCGUCACUGUGGCCCGAAUCUUCUGGAGCGAACGGAAACUAGACAAGGCCAUGAGUUGGUUUGAGAAGGCCAUUGUGCUCGACAGUGACCUGGGAGAUACUUGGGCGUGGUAUCUGAAAUUCCUGAUGCAACAUGGCACAGAUGAGAAACGAGAAGAUGUCAUCGCAAAGUGUGUCGUCAGCGAGCCAAAGCAUGGCGAGGUCUGGCAGAGAGUCCGGAAGGACCCUAAGAAUGCCUACCUCAGCACCAAAGAGGUGUUGCUGGACGUUAUGGAUCAACUUGAGGCAAAGGAGGUCAUCGCUUGA